AUGGACGAAGAGUGUGACCAAAACUAUGAUGAUGUCAUGGACUAUGGCGCAAAUAUUCCCAAAGACGCUUCGCUUUUGAAUAGCAAUGUCGGCUUAAACACUAGCCAUGCACCCAUCAAUAAUAUCCCCCAUGUAGACGGCUCUCACCAUGCUAUGGCCGCAGCUCUAAGCGGCACCAUUCAGCAACCUGGGCAGCUUUUUCGUGCUUCACCGCUCUCUGCACUCAUACAACAACAGCAACAUCGUGCAUCUGCGCUGCGCCAGCAGCUACCAUCCUCGCAUUUUCUCCCACUCGGGGCUACUAAAUACCCGACCGCUGACGGGGAACGGAGGCCUCCUCAAGUAACACCUACAUCGACAUCUAUUCCGCCCGCAGAGGCAACCCGAUUAUCAGAAACCUCUCUUGAAGCCAAGUUUGAAGAGGACAAGGCAUUACUUGAAUUGCUUCGUCAGCUUGAGCAUUUUACGCCCAUCAUCCCUGACCCUCUCAUGGAUAUGGUCAUGGCGCGCGCGGGUCUCGAUUCUCCAGAUGUCAAGCUCAAGCGGUUGCUUGCAUUGAUGGCACAAAAAUUUAUUACAGACGUGGCACAGGAUGCCAUGCAGUACUCGCGGAUUAGGAGCAAUGGCGUUGCUGCACCCGCAACCACUGCGCCUACAUCCAAGGCCGACCGCAAAGCAUCUAAAGAAAGGCGGUUCGUACUCACUCUUGAGGACCUCAACGCCGCGUUGCAGGACCAUGGCGUCGUCUCUCGGCGGCCGCCAUACUACCGCUAG